AAGCUGGCAGGACUCCGCGCUCAACAUGCAGGCGCUCAACAUCACCGCGGAGCAGUUCUCCAGGCUGCUGAGUGCGCACAACCUGACUCGGGAGCAGUUCAUUCACCGCUACGGGCUGCGGCCGCUGGUCUACACUCCUGAGCUGCCCGCGCGUGCAAAACUGGCCUUUGCGUUGGCAGGAUCACUCAUUUUUGCCCUGGCGCUCUUUGGCAACUCGCUGGUGGUCUACGUGGUGACCCGCAGCAAGGCCAUGCGCACCGUCACCAACAUCUUUAUCUGCUCCCUGGCCCUCAGUGAUCUGCUCAUCGCCUUCUUUUGCAUCCCUGUUACGAUGCUCCAGAACAUCUCCGACAAGUGGCUGGGUGGUGCCUUCAUUUGCAAAAUGGUGCCAUUUGUCCAGUCCACUGCCGUUGUGACAGAAAUCCUCACCAUGACUUGCAUUGCUGUUGAGAGGCACCAAGGACUUGUCCAUCCUUUUAAAAUGAAGUGGCAGUACACCAACCGAAGGGCUUUCACCAUCUUGGGUGUGGUCUGGUUGGUGGCCGUCAUCGUCGGAUCACCCAUGUGGCACGUGCAACGACUUGAGAUUAAGUAUGACUUCCUGUAUGAGAAAGAACAUGUCUGCUGCUUAGAAGAAUGGGCCAGCCCCGUGCACCAGAAAAUCUACACCACCUUCAUCCUCGUCAUCCUUUUCCUCCUGCCUCUCCUGCUGAUGCUUGUCCUGUACAGCCAGAUCGGCUAUGAACUGUGGAUCAAGAAAAGAGUGGGAGACAGCUCAGCACUUCAAACUAUCCAUGGGAAAGAAAUGUCCAAAAUAGCCAGGAAGAAGAAGCGGGCUGUCGUUAUGAUGGUGACAGUGGUGGCUCUCUUCGCUGCGUGCUGGGCACCUUUCCAUGUUGUUCACAUGAUGGUUGAAUACAGUAAUUUUGAAAAAGAAUACGAUGAUGUCACAAUCAAGAUGGUUUUUGCUGUAGUACAAAUAAUUGGGUUUUUCAACUCCAUCUGCAAUCCCAUUGUGUAUGCGUUUAUGAAUGAAAACUUCAAAAAGAAUUUCUUGUCUGCAGUUUGUUAUUGCAUAGUAAGAGAAACCUUCUCCCCAGAACGGAAGCUUGGAAAUUCUGGAAUUUCUAUGACGCAGACGAGAGCAAAGCUAUCACGCCAACAGCACCCAGUAGAGGAAACCAAAGGGGAUGCGUUCAAUGACGCCAACAUCGAGGUCAAACUGUGUGAGCAACCGGGGCAGAAAAGGCAGCUCAGGCGACAGCUUGCCUUCCUCAGUUCUGAACUUUCUGAAAAUUCUACGUUCGGCAGUGGACAGGAAUUAUAAUGAUAUCUUUAUAAUUAAUAUCAUUUGUUUGGAAAGUCCUUUUGAGCCAAGGU